CAGUGGCGGAGGCCUGCGCGGAUUACUCUGCAUUGGCACCGGAUGAGGCGGAGUCGGAGAGUGAUUUGGGGGGAGUGCUGAGCCAGGGAGAUGACGCUGGUGCUGGAUCUGAAGGAUUCGAAGUUGAUGGGCGUGCAUUGGUGCUGCGGAGCGUGCAUUGGCGGCAACGAUGAGAGACCUGCGAGCGCCUGACUAGCAACGGAACAUGUGAUUUGAUGGGCUGCAACAAGCACAAAUAUGAAUAGGCAGUCAAGGUACGAUGUGCAUACAUGAAGUCUCUUUCUGUCAGAACAAUUAGUGUGGAGUACAUUUCUAUUAUGUCUGUUCACCAUAUUAAGUUCUGAUAACUUUUAUUUGAAUGGGGCUGCUUAUCUGUAGUCCCUCUCAUGCCAUCUUUACAAUAUGUGUUGAACAAAAGAGAACAUCUGGUACAUCUGGUAGAAUAGGGAUAGGAUACAGAAGUCCGCGAAACAGCUAGCUUCUGGGAUCAGUUACAGAACACACGCACCAUCGAUAUGAUCUACUCGUCAAUUUGUUUUUCAGAGUGAAUUUCCUACACACCACGACACAUGCACCCCCUAAUACCACAAUUGGAUUCUUGCUCACUGGGAUCCAAGGAUGUUUACCUGAAUUUUCCAUAAAUUUAUUAGCACUGUCUUUUUUAGCAUAUAUAAUUAUAGAUAAUAACUCCUGCCAUUUUCAUGAGAGUAUUCUAGGGUACAAAAGCUAUUUUGCAAAAUUUGGAAGAUUCUUUGCAGAAAUUUUGCUUGCAACAUGAGCUGGUACUUUGCUUUGUUCUUUACUGUUCAUUGGAUUGCAGGUUGGCAGACUACUUUCUUGUGUCCGAGUGGCUGGUUGGAUGAAUGGAUGUAGAAACAAAGGAAAGAGAACGAGCUCGUGCUGGUGAGGAACACGUUGCUGCCACGCCCACCUUCGUCAAGCUUCAGCCGUACACCACGGACUUCCUUGACGUCUCCCACCACAAGGACUGCGAGCUGGAGUAUAACUUCCGCAAGUUCAUUUGCGUGACCGCCGGCGAGACGAUCGUGGUGACGGAGGGCGAGCGGCGGUACUACCUGGACGUGUUGGAGGCGCGGCCAGGCGACACAACGUCUGCAUCAAGGAAUUACGUGUCUCAGGUAGAUGAGCAUCAGUUUUACUAUAGAUCUCUUUCACGAAGACACAAGUAGUUCUAGGAAAAUGUAGGUUACUACAAAUAUGUAUAUCAUCUAGCUGACUUGUAAUUAUCGCUUUGAUUUUUGUAAUUCUUGUGUGUUGGUUACCUAAGUUAAUUCAUAUCUCUCUGUUUUUAUUUACAUGUCGUAUUAGGUUUGUCCUAAGUCAAACUUAGUAAACUUUGACCAAACUUAUAGAAAGAAAUAAUAACAUUUACAAUACCAAA